GGUUUUUGAAGCAACAAAAGAGAAUGACUGACGCCGCCGCCGCUACCCCAACCGUUCCACCACCAGCCGCUUCCUCUGCCAAUCCAGCAGUUCGUCGUGGUCUCGUCAAAUCGGUACUUUCUGGAGACGCUGUCAUUCUUCAAGGACAACCACAUAAUGGACCACCACCAGAGUGGACUGUCUACCUGAGCAAUGUCACCGCUCCAAGACUCGGUCGUCGCCCAACCGAUUCGGCUUCGGCAACUCCAGACGAGCCUUAUGCUUGGGAUUCACGAGAGUACCUUCGUCAGAAACUUGUUGGACAAUUCGUGACAUUCGUCAGAGAUUUCACUGCCACUUCAGGACGUGAUCAUGGAAGAAUUUACCUCGGAGGUACCAGCCCAGCAGAUGCAGAGAAUGUUGCGGAAGGAGCAGUUUCUGCUGGUCUGCUUGAAGUUCGUCAAGGAAAAGUUGCUGAUGAAUACUCUACCAAACUGUUGGAGCUUCAAGAACAAGCUAAGUCGGCAGGACGCGGAAAAUGGAACUCAAAUGCUGGAACUAUUCGCGAUAUUCGUUGGGUUAUCGACAAUCCACGCGAGUUGGUAGACAAAUAUGCCCAGAAGCCAAUUGACGCUGUAAUUGAAAUGGUUCGCGAUGGAUCCACAGUUCGUGCCUUCCUUCUUCCAAAUUUCGAGUACAUUACUCUUCAACUCUCUGGAGUUCGUGCUCCAUCCACCAGAAAUCCAAAUGCCGCAGAUUCUCGUGCCGAGGCGUUUUCGGAGGAAGCAAAGUUUUUCGCUGAGUCUCGCCUUCUUCAACGAGAUGUGCAGAUCAUUUUGGAAUCAACAUCUAAUCAGAACUUUGUCGGAUCGAUUGUUCAUCCAAAAGGAAAUAUUGCCGAGUCACUCCUUCGUGAAGGAUACGCCAAAUGUGUAGAUUGGAGCAUCGGAUUGUGCACUGGUGGAGCACAAAAGCUUCGUGACGCUGAACGACAAGCUAAGGAAAAGAGACUUCGCUUGUGGAAGAGUUAUCAGCCAACUUCAUCAGCUUAUUCUGGUGACCGAAAAGCUUUUACCGGAAAGGUUGUCGAGAUUGUUCUCUCCGAUGCUGUUGUAGUUCAAAAAGAUGAUGGAUCUGAAGUGAAACUUCAUCUCUCCUCAAUCAGACUUCCAAGAGAAUCCGGUGAUGAUAAGGCCACAGGAGGUCCAGGACGUCAGUUCCGUCCACUCUACGAUAUUCCAUUCAUGUUCCAAGCUCGUGAAUUCCUUCGUAAACGACUUCUAGGAAAGAAGGUUCAAAUCCAAAUCGACUAUGUUCAACCAAAGAGCGAAAACUUCCCAGAAAAGACUUGUGCCACCAUCAAGAUUGGAGAUCAAAACAUUGCCGAGGGACUUAUUAGCCGUGGUCUCAGUAAAGUCGUUCGUCAUCGUGCUGAUGACGAGAACCGAUCUUCCGAAUACGAUACUCUUCUGGCUGCCGAAGCUAAUGCAGAAAAAGGAAAGAAGGGAUUGUUCGCUGAUAAGACUGCUGAAAAGAAGGAUACUCACAGAAUUCAAGAAAUCACUGGAGAUCUUGCUAAGGCCAAGCAAUUCCUGCCAUAUCUUCAAAGAGGAGGAAGAGCUGAAGGAGUUGUGGAGUUCCUAUCAGGUGGAUCUCGUCUUCGCAUUUACAUUCCAAAGGAGACUGUUCUUAUCACGUUUUUGUUGGGAGGAAUUAACUGCCCGAAGGGAGCUCGUGUUGGACCAGGAGGAGUAUCGACUGGAGCCGCUGAGCCAUUCGCCGAUGAGGCUGCUGCAUUCACCCGAAAGCUUGUCCUCCAACACGAGGUUCAACUAGAAGUAGAGAGCACCGAUAAGAAUGGAAACUUUGUUGGAUACUUGUAUGUGUCUCCAGAUGGAAAUACUUCACGAGCAAUCAAUCUAAGCGAAGCUCUUGUAGAGAAUGGACUUGCUUCUCUUCACUUCACAGCUGAGCGAAGUGGGCAUUACAACGCUCUUCUUUCCGCCGAAAACAAAGCUAAGAAAGCUAAGAAGAACAUUUGGGCCAACUUCACGGAAGAGCAACACCAAGAGGAAGUUGAAGUACAACAGGCAGAUACAUCUGAGAGAAAGCAGAACUUCCGUCAAGUCGCUGUUACUGAUAUUGCUCCAGGAGCUCUUCGUUUCUCGGCUCAAAACAUUGAAGAUGGGCCAAAAAUUGAAAAGAUGACAACCGAGAUGAGACAAGCUCUUGCCGAACAUCCACCACUCGCUGGAUCUUAUACCACCAAGCGUGGAGAUUUGUGCGUUGCCAAGUUCUCUCAGGAUGGACAAUGGUACCGUUGCAAGGUCGAGAGCGUUCGUGCUGGGCAAGCAGAGAUUGUUUACAUUGAUUACGGAAAUCGUGAGACAAUUGAGGCUGUCAAGCUUGCUCAAAUUCCAGCAGGAUUUGCCAAUUUCCCAGCUGGAGUUAGAGAAUAUAACCUUGCUCUUGCUAAGCUUCCAAACGAGGAUUACGUCCAACUCACUUCUGAUGCUUUCGCCCAGUACUUGUUUGGUCACUCUUCGGUAUUCAUUAACAGUGAGUACAAGGUCGGAACUUCAGAAUAUGUAACUGUUUAUUACGACAGUGGAAACAAGAAGGUCGACAUCGGUAAAUCUCUUAUUGCUGAGGGACUCGCUCUUGCUGAUCACCGCCGUGAGCCACGCCUGCAGACUCUUGUCAAUGACUACAACACUACCGAAGAAGUUGCUCGCAAGUCGAGAAAGAACAUUUGGGAGUACGGAGAUUUCACCGGAAAUGAUAUCUAAAUGUCUACUCAGUAUUUUAUUCAAUUCGAACCCUGCCCUGCCCCUCCCCCAACCAGAAAAGUUUUAUCCUCACAACACAUAUUCUUUUUUAUUAAUGAGUGUAACUGUGAUGUAUUGUACCCGAUUCUAGUUAUUCAGAGAUCGCCCCCGGUGGUGGUUUCUCUUGUUUCUUGUUCAAUUACGUAUCUUUUCGUUUUUCCUACUUUCCACCGGGUUCGACUUCUUCUCCCCCCCCCCCCCCCCUUUUCCCUUUUUGCACCACAAUUUUGUUGGGUUUUUCGAGUACAUAUUCUGAAGAGUAUUUAUUUAUAUAUAUUUAUUGCUCUAAUUUAUUGUUUUCCGGUUUAAAAAAUUCACUGUUGUAAUCUGCAUGGAAUGAAUAAUUUAUUGCCUU